AUAGUUUUAUUGUAAAUACAUUAAAAAUAAAUUACUCGUAAUUUUAAGGCGAGUAGCUCCCCCCAUCUAUUUCCUGUUCCGGUUCGCGAAGCGCUCGUAGAUUUUCAGCUGCGUAUGAGAAACCAUCACGUUGCAACAACGGUGAGAAAGAAAAAAGUUUACCAUCGGAUGGAAAAGUGCCCGAAAACUUUGUGCUUGAGCUCGGAUAAAGUCCUCCAACCCUUCAGUGCUGCCGAGUGAUCGCCGAUUUCGAAAGUGGCGAAAAGUGAGUUUAAUCAGCUUCAUAGCUGUAAAGUUGUUAGCCCGCGUGCUACUGUUAGCUUUAGCAUCACGUUGCUAACACGUAGCAGCUACGUCGCCGGGAAGCGCGGUGUUUGAGUCAGCUCUUACUUCGUCUGAAAGAGUCUGGCGAUUAGCUUGGGUGCAGCUGUGCUGAGUGUCUGAGCUCAAGUGAUUUGGAGAUUGGUCAGGUUUUUUUCCCCCUCCUUUUGUGUACCCCCCUCGACCUCAUUGGUAUAUUCCUGAGCGGAUAUUCUGAUAGUCAUGAUGGCGAGCCUCCCACCUGGAUCAGAUGGAAAGGACUACACCUCUUCUGUGAUCACUGGAUUUUGCUUUGUGUGACCUACAGUGCGGUAGGCCAGAACUAAGAACACUGUCACUCAUCUGUGAGCACCAGCCCUAGCAGCUAUUUAUUUUAUUGUGAAAGUUUUUGACCGACUUAGACUGACUUGGACUAGUUUUUUCUUUGACCUAUUUUAUUUAAUUUGCUACUCUUGGGUUGGUGUGGGACAGAAAGGAAACCCUCCUUUAAGACAUCUGAUAGUGAACUGAACUGCGAAUCCUACUCAUCAGCCUGAGUUGUUUGUGAACACUGAGAACAGGCAGUGAAAGAGAUUUUUUUGUGAACAGUUGGCCAAAGAACAAACAAAGAACAAAAACCCGAGUCAUUAAGUGUCCACAUAUAUUGUAUUGUCUUAAUUAUUUGUGUUACUGUCUUUUAUUGUCUUUUAUAUAUAAAACCGGUAUAUGUUCAAGCAUCAUAUUGGUACGGUGUGUUGUUUAGAUAAUUCCCUGCUGCUUCCCGAGAGUCGAACCGAGAAUUGAAAUUACUCCUUAAUCUUUGUUGUGAGCUCCAUUGUCUCACAAGUGCUACAUAAAUUUUGGCGAGCCAGCCAGGAGGCAGCAUGUGAGUGAAUUUAACUGUCACACCUACUUAUUUUACGCAGUUGCUGAUUGUUGCACUUGAACUCAGGUACUCAGAUUUUUGACGCCCUUUGAAAUGGAAGUUAUAGCACAGGAAUCAGUCAAAAUCCCUUGCUCUGUUGUGGUAAGUGGGUUAACAGAGACCGAGAGUGAUGAAGAAGUUUCCACUUUCCUCCAGAAGUACGGUUCAGUUAGCCGUUUCUUUCGCAUAGAUGACCCAAAAUCAGGUUUCCACAAGCACAUGAUAGUUGAGUUUACUCAUGGCACUGCCAUGCAGGAGUUAGAACCCAUGUUGCCUCUUAAGCUUUCAAGUCCAAGCCAGCCAGAAAUUACUUAUGAAGUCAAGCCCUUGGCCAGUGUUUACACUCAGGAAGCCCAGGGUAAAGCCACUAAGGCUUACAUGGAACAGUUGGUAGAAAUAGCCAGAUUGAGUGGGAAAUCAGUAGAACAGAUGUUAAAGGAAGAGCUCUCCACCCUGUCUCUGCCUACUGCUUCUUCUCAGGUUUGUCAUGAUUCCUCAGUUGAGCAGCACCCACAACCAGACCCACCUGUGCCAGGAGCUGUUUCUUCUCCUCCAGUCCCUCAGCUGGCAACACUUCCAGAUUCCUCAGUCUUGAAACCUCCUGUUGAUCAUCCUCAUUCUCAGACUGACGUAACUUUGAGUAAAAACCUGACCAAUCCCAGUGUUCCACCAGCUCCUCCAGUCUUAGCUGGCGGUUUCACCCAACCGGUUAUUGAUGUAAAUCCGCCCAGUGUUCAGCGGGUGGUGGUUGAGCACGUUGUGCGUAACAGUGAAAACUUGCCACAGUCUAUUGCACCAGGAAGACUUCGUGCCUUCUCAGGAAGAAGUGUACGUCCUAAUAAUGAAGCUGAUUAUGACACAUGGCGUGCUAGUGUUGAAGUCCUCAUUAAAGAUCCUUCAGUUUCUGAUUUACACUGUGCACAUCGCAUACUCGAUAGCCUGCUUCCUCCUGCUUCUGAGAUGAUUAAGCAUUUAGGCCCACAUGCUAGUCCAUCUACAUACCUCAAGCUGCUUGACUCUGCUUACGGCGCGGUUGAGGAUGGAGAUGAGCUGUAUGCAAGGUUCAUGAAUACACUUCAGAACGAAGGAGAGAAGCCUUCUGCUUUCCUGCAGAGAUUAUAUACAGCCUUGAGCACAACCAUGAGACGAGGUGGUGUGCCCUCUCAAGAUUUUGAUCAGCAGCUUUUGAAACAGUUCUGUCGUGGUUGCUGGGAGAAUGCUCUGAUCGUAGACCUCCAACUUGAACAGAGAAAGGAGAACCCCCCAUCCUUUGCAGAGUUGUUGCUAAUGCUCAGAACAGAAGAAGAUAAGCAAGCUGCAAAGCUGAGUCGUAUGAAGCAGCACUUUGGCAUUGCUAAAUCUGCUUGUAGCAGUGGUAAGCAGCGCGUUAUGUCGCAUUUGCAAACAGCGCAUGUUACACCAGAUUCAGUUCAAACUACUGAGAUGGAGAGGUUAAAGAAACAAGUUGCUGACCUCAAUGCCCAGCUCAGUAGGAUGGCAUCUGAGAGUCAAGGACAGAAGCCACAAAGAAAACAGAAGACAAAAUCUCUUGCUUCUAACGCUAAAGUUGAAGCUCGCUUUGAAAAAAGAAACCAGGCAAGUAAACCAAACCCUCCUGUUAAAGGGAGCACCAAACCACGGCCGUGGUAUUGUUUCCAGUGUGGGGAGGAUGGUCAUGUUGCUUCAGUUUGUGAUAAUGCCCCAAAUCCAUCCCUUGUGGCGGCUAAGAAGAAGCAACUUAGAGAGAAACAGGCUGCAUGGGAAGCCUCUACUGACCUUGAAAGUGAGUCACAUUUAAACUGACACCCACUCCUGUAGAGGGACAUAUGGGAGUGAAGCUCAGUGAAUCAGGUCCCAACUUAGGAAAAUCUGUCCUUAAGAACACCAAAGUGAAAGCGGCUCAGAUCCCUAAGGGGCUCGUUGGAGCCAAGACCACAGCUCAGGUGGUAAUUGCUGGAAACCAAACUAACUGUCUUUUGGACACAGGGUCACAGGUGACUACUGUACCACAGUCCUUUUACGAGCAAAAACUUUCACAUUUAGUCAUCCAUCCCCUCGACGACCUCCUCGAGGUUGAGGGCGCAAAUGGUCAGACAGUGCCUUACUUGGGGUACGUUGAACUUUCUGUCACUUUUCCCAAGGACUUUGUGGGAACUGAGAUUGAGGUUAAUACCUUAGCUCUAGUUAUUCCCUACCUCCCUUCGGCAGGUCAUGAACAGGUGCUUAUUGGCACUAAUACGCUUGAUGUCUUGUAUGCAGACUACCAGAAACUCUCCCCAUUCCAGCCAUUGCAACAUGGUUAUCGAACGGUUCUCAAAACUCUUGAGACGCGCCAGAAGAGUUCAAAUGAUAGUAGCCUUGGGUUUGCAAGGAUGACCGGAAAGUUGUCUGCGGUUGUCCCUGCAGGACAGACAGUAGUUCUUGAGGGCUCGGUUAAUAUUUGUAACGCUCACCAUCUAACAGAUGUUCUCAUUGAGCAACCAACAGCAUCUUCCUUACCAAGUGGCUUGUUAGUCUCAGCUAGUUUAGUGAGCCUGCCAAGGAAGCAGCCUUGUCGGCUACCUGUAGUGCUAAAGAAUGAAACCGAGCAUGACAUUGUCAUACCCCCUAAGACUGUGCUGGCAGAUGUUAAUGCCAUAACGAGGGUACUUCACAAAGAGCAGGUUGUUAAAGAACCAAAACUUCCUGACAGGCAAGCAAAGUCUCCCACAGACCUGAGUUUUGACUUUGGCAACUCUCCCUUAUCCCCCGAGUGGAAAGAGAGAGUGACAGCCAUGUUAAACUCUAUGUCGGAUGUGUUUUCCCGACAUGAUCUUGAUUUUGGACAUACUGAUAAAGUAAAGCACUGCAUCAAACUCAGUGACGAAACGCCUUUCAAACAAAGAGCACGUCCUAUACAUCCUAAUGAUGUAGAUGCAGUAAGAAAGCACUUACAAGAACUUUUUGAGUCUGGGAUCAUUAGGGAAUCAGAGUCCCCAUUUGCUUCUCCCAUCGUCAUAGUCCGCAAAAAGAAUGGCUCGGUACGUCUCUGUGUAGACUACCGGAAGCUUAAUCUUCAAACUAUUAAGGAUGCUUAUGCACUCCCAAAGCUGGAAGAAGCUUUCUCCGCCCUGGUGGGGUCAAAAUGGUUUUCCGUGUUAGACCUGAAGUCGGGGUACUAUCAGGUUGAAAUGGACGAAGCAGACAAGCAGAAGACUGCUUUUGUUUGUCCAUUAGGGUUUUGGGAAUUCAAUAGGAUGCCCCAAGGAAUUACAAAUGCGCCGUCAACUUUCCAACGACUCAUGGAGAGAUGUGUAGGAGACAUGAACCUAAAAGAGGUUUUAGUGUUCAUUGACGACCUCAUAAUCUUCUCUUCCUCCCUGGAGGAACAUGAGCAGCGUUUG